CCUGAAAAUCAAUCUUGGUUAGUGUCAACUCGAACCUGAGAAACAUUUUACCAUUUUAGGGAUCAAACAGAAACCUUAAACUUAAAUCUUAACCUCCCCACACUCAUCCUCCAAUGUCUCCUCAACUCUUACUUCUGUUUCUCCUCCUCCUCCACAUUGCCAUUCUUCCAUCUCUGCAACUCAGCCACGUUGAUCUCGCAGCACUCGCUGAUAUCAAGGCCUCUCUCACUGACAUUCCCGGCUCCGACUUUUUUUCAUCCUGGGACAUCACCGCACCUGAUCCUUGCUCCUCCUUCUCCGGCGUCACAUGUUCGCUCUCUCGAGUCUCUACUCUCACUCUCGGAACCGGCCUUUCCGGUUCACCUGGACUUGCUGGCUCCCUCUCACCCUCCAUCGCCAACUUAACCUCCUUAACCCAGCUCAUUCUAUUCCCCGGCCUCGUCACUGGCCCUAUUCCUCCCCAAAUAGGUCAACUCACCGGCCUUCGAGUAAUUUCCUUGACGAACAAUCGAUUAACCGGAACAAUACCCUCUUCGUUUAGCUCUCUCAACAACUUGCAUACGCUCGACCUGAGUUUCAACCAGCUCAACGGGGAAAUUCCACCGGGUUUGACGAGACUGCAGGAGCUGAAAGUUCUCAUUUUGGCGGCGAAUUCGUUGUCAGGUGAGUUGCUGGGCGUGUGGACUCAGUUGCUGCACUUGGAUUUGAGGAAGAAUAAACUCACUGGACCGUUAAGAUCCCUGCCGUUAACCUUACGUUACGUGGCACUAUCCGACAAUCUCUUGACGGGCCCACUCAACAGCCUACAAUCACUUUCGGAAUUAGUGUACCUCGACUUAAGCAUGAACAAAUUCAAUGGCACCAUCCCAGCCGAACUGUUUAGCCCUUCUUCGUCUUCAAUGUUCUUACAGCGGAACAAUUUAUCUGGUGGGCUCCCAUCAAAGUUGGUGGGCUCCACAUCAUACGGCGAGGGAUCGAUCCUCGAUCUUAGUCACAAUUUUUUGACAGGGGAAUUAUCACCCGUCUUAGCAGGGGUAGAGAGCUUGUUCUUGAACAACAACCAUCUGACGGGAGUCGUACCGGAGGAGUAUAUUCAGAGUGUAUCUGAUGGAACCACCAAAACAUUAUUUUUACAACAUAAUUACUUGUCAAAAUUUCCAUCAAAGCCAGGGUUGGUGUUACCCGAUGCGGUGUCGUUAUGCUUAAAGUAUAAUUGUAUGGCGGCCACGGUUAUGGAGGGGCUGAUGUCGUGCCCAGCAAGUGCCGGCGAACAAAUGUCAAGACCAGCGUCACAAUGUUCAGGGUUUAAUGAUCACAACUCAAUAGAUUAACUCGUUUACAUUUCUAAUACGUAAUAGGAACAUUCUUAUGUUAUUAUUAUUUUUUUUUUUUGGGGCUUUUAUAUAUUUAAUACUGGAAGUGAUUGGUGUUCUUCUUAAAGGGUGUGAGAGAAAUAUAGUCGAGUUUUUGUUACAAAUUUGAAAGUUUAGUCAUUAUAAUUGUUUGGUGAGUUGGUGUACU